ACUCAACGGUGGUCAAUAAAUAGUGUAGCUAAUUCAACAGUGUAAUGCUGUAUUUUUUUAAUGUUAAUGGAUUUGUAUGUUUUUAUUGCAAACUUUGAAUACUCCGGCUACUUUCAAUACUUUAGACAGACUGCAGGGGCCACCGACUACAGUACCCAUACUGCAUUUCUUUAAAUCCAGGGCGAGGGGAGAGGUGAGCGACCCAAACAGGGGUGGUGUGGAUCCAAUGAUGUGUAUACGUACCAUUUGAGUGGAACAAGCAACAGUGAAGCGUGCGUUUUGAUAUGUCGGACCCAGCGGCACAGGCCUUGCAACCCCGGCUACAUCAAGCUCAGUCUGGUGGGACUGCUGGGUCUAACGCUGCUGCGGUGGGAUCUGGAUCGGGGAACAGUGACCCAGUCAGACCAGGUCUUAGCCAACAACAGCGGGCGAGUCAGAAAAAAGCCCAAGUCAGAGCUUUUCCACGGGCGAAAAAGCUCGAGAAACUCGGCGUCUUCUCCGCUUGCAAGGCUAGUGACACAUGCAAGUGCAAUGGCUGGAAGAACCCACAACCGCCGACUGCCACCCGAAGUAUGGAUUUACAGCAACAAGCGGCCAGCCUUAGCGAGUCCUGCCGCAGCUGCGGGCAUGCCCUGGCGGCCCAUGUGUCCCACCUGGAGAACGUGUCCGAGGAGGAGAUCAACAGGCUGCUGGGCAUGGUGGUGGAUGUGGAAAACCUCUUCAUGUCUGUGCACAAGGAGGAGGACACGGACACCAAGCAGGUCUACUUCUACCUCUUCAAGCUGCUGAGAAAAUGCAUCUUGCAGAUGAGUCAGCCGAUAGUGGAGGGAUCAUUGGGGAGUCCCCCCUUUCAGAAGCCCAACAUUGAGCAGGGAGUGUUGAACUUCGUUCAGUACAAAUUCAGCCACCUGGCACCCAGAGAGAGGCAGACGAUGUUUGAGCUCUCCAAGAUGUUCCUCCUGUGCCUCAACUACUGGAAGCUGGAGACUCCCACACAGUUCCGCCAGCGGUCCCAGAAGGAUGAUGGCACAGCCUACAAAGUGGACUACACCAGGUGGCUAUGCUACUGCCAUGUCCCCCAGAGUAACGACAGCCUGCCGCGCUAUGAGACCACCCAGGUGUUUGGCCGCAGUCUGCUGAAGUCAAUCUUCACCGUGACGCGCCGCCAGCUCCUGGAGAAGUUCCGAGUGGAGAAGGACAAGCUCCUACCAGAGAAACGCACACUCAUCCUCACACACUUUCCCAAGUUUCUGUCUAUGCUAGAGGAGGAGAUCUAUGGGGAAAACUCUCCCAUCUGGGAGGCUGACUUCACCAUGCCUGCCUCCGAGGGGGGCCAGCUGGGUCACCAGUUAGUGAUCAGCCCUGCUGCAGUGUCGGGCUCGCCCUCCUUCUCUAAGGGCAUGAACAGUGGCUCUUCGCUAGGCAGUCUGGGGCUGGACUCUGGCGUGGCCGAGCCCGUAACAGGAGAGAAGAGGAAGCUUCCAGAAGUUCUGACCCUGGAGGACGCUAAGAGGAUCAGAGUGAUGGGAGACAUCCCGAUGGAGUUGGUCAACGAGGUCAUGAUGACCGUCACUGACCCGGCUGCCAUGUUGGGCCCAGAAACGAGUCUGCUGUCUGCCAAUGCUGCUCGUGAUGAGACAGCCAGGUUAGAGGAGAGGCGGGGCAUCAUAGAGUUCCAUGUCAUAGGGAACUCUCUUUCCCAGAAGUCCAACAAGAAGAUUCUGAUGUGGCUGGUGGGCUUGCAGAACGUCUUCUCCCACCAGCUGCCUCGCAUGCCCAAAGAGUACAUCACACGUCUAGUGUUUGACCCGAAGCACAAGACUCUGGCCCUAAUCAAAGAUGGCCGUGUCAUCGGGGGGAUCUGUUUCAGGAUGUUCCCCACCCAGGGCUUCACUGAGAUCGUCUUCUGUGCCGUCACAUCCAACGAGCAAGUCAAGGGCUACGGUACUCACCUGAUGAACCACCUAAAGGAGUACCACAUCAAGCACAGCAUCCUGUACUUCCUCACCUACGCUGAUGAGUACGCCAUUGGCUACUUCAAGAAGCAGGGUUUUUCCAAAGACAUCAAAGUGACUAAGAGUCGUUACCUUGGUUACAUCAAGGACUAUGAGGGGGCUACCCUCAUGGAGUGUGAGCUAAAUCCCAGAAUCCCCUACACAGAGCUCUCUCAUAUCAUCAAGAGGCAGAAAGAGAUCAUUAAGAAGCUGAUUGAGAGGAAGCAGAGCCAGAUCAGGAAGGUAUACCCAGGACUCACCUGCUUCAAAGAGGGGGUACGUCAGAUCCCUGUGGAGAGCAUCCCUGGCAUCAGAGAGACAGGCUGGAAGCCCAGUGCAAAGGAGAAAGUGAAAGAGUUGAAAGACCCUGACGUGUUGUACAACAUGCUGAAGAAUCUCCUGGCCCAGGUCAAGACUCACCCUGAUGCCUGGCCCUUCAUGGAGCCUGUGAAAAAGACUGAGGCUCCAGACUACUACGAGAUCAUACGCUUCCCCAUUGAUCUGAAGACCAUGACGGAGAGGCUGAAGAACAGAUACUAUGUGACCAAGAAGCUGUUCAUAGCAGACCUGCAGCGCGUCAUUACCAACUGCCGUGAAUACAACCCCCCGGACAGCGAGUACUGCAAGUGUGCCAACACACUGGAGAAGUUCUUCUACUUUAAGCUGAAGGAAGGGGGCUUGAUCGAGAAGUGAAGCUCGGGUCACAGGUCACCAUGCACAGCGGCCCCACUGCGGAACAGCAGGAAGGAGCGCUCGUGGACACUCACUCACACACACUGUCUUGUGAUGACAUAGUCAGGGGGUCAUUGCUAGCCAUAUUCCAACCCUUUUUCCCUCGUCUUUUCUUUUAGGAAGCCUUUAUUAAUGGCAGCGCGUGUUUAUGCAUGUUAUAUUUAUAUUACUGGUGGGUGAAGGGAACUGUGGGUGUGUAACAACAACAUUUGGAGGUAAUUGGAAAGGCUCUAUGGGCGAGUUAAGUUUGUUAAUGUGUCGAAAUGACUCCAUCAAUCCCUCCCUCCCUCUCUCCCUCUCCGUUUUGUCUCCCUCUAUCCCUGUCUCACUACCCUCUGUAGUAUAGCAUCUCUCUGUGUGUUGCUGUCUCAUUCUGGUGUCAUUCUUGCUCCAAGUGACUCAUAGAAGGAGCUGUAACGUAUUCCUGUACCAAAACGACUGGUCCCACAGCAGAUCAUGUCAAACUCUCCGCAUAGGUAACGUUCAAAUUGUAGGAUGGCAUUUUCACGGAAGUGUUUCUCAAUCGGAUAAAGUAAUGCCCGCUUAGACAUUCACACUCACAGCUCCCUCCAGAUGGGAGUUGUAUUUUUGGUACUGACGUGGAGACGUGAGUAGGCUGGACUUGGGGACCUACGCCGUUGUUGCCUUCCUGUACUGACAUACACUUGAAACGAGGCCAGUAGACUCGGAGGGUAGAAAUACAAUGUGCCCUUCAGUUAGAAGACGAGACCUGUUCAGACUCGCAUUGUCAAAGUCAGGUUGCAGUCACAGAUGAUGUCCACGUUCCAGGCUGACUACAUCGCAGACGCCUGCCACACCUCACAAGGCCCGGAUAGGUAUUUAGCAAUAAUUUAACCACAUCAUGUAACAGGACACGCUAACCAUUGGUUGAUACAAUGCAACAACUGAAAUGUAGUCAGCCUGAAGCGUGACCAUAGAUGUCCCUGUCUGACAUUGCAUUAUGUUGGAUUUGGCAUCAUGUGAUUGGUCAGUAGAAAAACGUGCAACUCUCCUAUACGUUUCAUCUUUCUGGUUGCCCUCGAAUAAUGUCCCCACAACUACUGUAUGUUGAACUUUAUAUUUAUUUAUUAUUUCACCUGAACAGUAUAAUGGAAACCUACCACUACAUUUGAAGAUACUUAGGCCUAAUGUUAUUGUAGUCGUCACUACUGUUCUUGUCCCAUUCUCUUCUGGGCCAGUAUGGCCAUGUCACUGAUCUCAAACAUGGUUGUUUUUCUUGGGGAAACAUCAGAGAUGGCGUAGUAGUCUGUCAUUGGUGUUUUAAUGGUGUUGUCUGAUCUGAGGGUAUUCUCUGGAAUCCCAGACCAAGGGCAACAGCAGGAGUGUUGUUAAUGCGGGAGCCAACCCGUCUGCCUAGGGAGGCUACUCUGAGGGUUACUGGCCACCCUUUUGUUUAGGUUUCUGUUCGUUCUAGAAAUAACCUGUUUUUGAUGGAAGCACAGGAUCCAACCACAGUGGUAAACAUGACCGUUCGGUUUGUCAGUAUUUCGCUGAAAGGCCAUAGAGCCCUGUCAAUACAGUAUGUAGGUGUUUCACAGCACUUACCCUCCCUGCUGUGUUUGUCUCUUCUAUGGUGGAUAUGCAUUGUGUUAUUAUGAUAAUGGCAGACAAACACACACAAAAAAAGUGUCCGGUUUGGUGUUCACUCCAUACUCACAAGCAGUAUCGCAUGAUGGAGAACUAUAAUCUGCAUCAAUUUCUGUUGUUUUUACUGAGAUAGCCACGGCUAUUCACACAAACCUACUUCUUGGUCAUGGUCGGUGUCUGAUUGUCUGCCUUUUGAGAGGCCUUUGGUUCUCUGCUAUUUUGUCAAACGUUUUGGGGAAAAUGACUGGUCUGUGCUGGGUGGUUGAGUAUUCCACUGAACUGUUGUGUGUGUGUGUGUGUGUUUGUUCUUGAAUCAUGACUAGCUUUGAGCAACUAAAGUGAUGUCAAUGUUUCGUUAUUCAGGGUUGUCAGUUAUGUAUCUCUCAAUCUACCUAUGUAUGCUGCAUAAAGAUUCUGAAAAUAAUGUGUGAGUGAAAUGUUAAAAUAUUAGGACUGCUACAGUUUCUUCUAGUUCUAUGGUUUGAAGAGCUCUUUACUGUAAUACUGUUCAUGAAAAUAAAGUUUUUAUAGUCAAAUA